ACUUUUCUUCGUCCGGAGAUUGAGGAUGACGAACAAGGCAGCAGCAUUAGCUGCUGUAAUGCUGGUGCUGGCCCUUGCGGGGCUUGGGGCGGCCCAGACGGGACGUGGCCACUUUAGCCUGCGUCACAUCGAGAGUGCUGAUACGGUGCAUCUGCGGACGGGCCCGAUUGUGACGACCAAGCACGCGCCGUCGCUGGAGCUGCGGUCGUCGGUGCAUGCGGCGCGGGCUGUGGCUAAUGUGCAUGGCCACUCUGACGGGUACGGCCAGUACCUUGUCCAUCACGUUGGGCCAGUGACGCCCGAGUCGCGCGCGUCUGUCGAGACGCACCUCUCGUCGGGCUCGAUGGCGUACUUUCCGCACAAUACCUGGCUUGUGGUGGCGACUGCCGAGGAGAUGGCCGCGAUCUCGCACGAGCCCGUGGUCCUCUGGAUCGGCGCGUACAAGCCCGAGUACCGGAUGCACCCGCAUGUGACCGACGUGGUGAUGGCGCGGGCGGCGACCAAGGCGUGCACCUCGGAGCACGUGCUCCUUGCCGACGUCCACUACGAGCUUGUGGAGGCCGGCACGGUCGACAUCCACGAGGUGGCGGCCGAGGUCUCCGCGCGCGUGGCGGCCGAGGUUCCUGGUGCGAGCGCGCAGGCUGCGGGCUCGUCCCUGGUCAGCAUCUCUGUCCCGUGCGGCUCGCUCUCUGCGGCAGCUGCGGCGACCGCCAGCCAUCCGCUGGUCCGGUGGGUGGAGAACCGCGAGGUGUUUGAGACCAAGAACGAGUACGCCAAGCCGCUGACGCAGACGUUCCAGUCGAACCCGACGUCGACGGCGGCCAAGCCGUUCUACUCGCUCUCGCCGCCGCUCGACGGGACUGGCCAGGUUGUGGGCGCGGCCGAUACCGGGCUGGACACCUCCAACUGCAUGUUCUCGGACACGACGGUGACAACGCCUUACAACACGGUCAACACGGCCCACCGCAAGGUGGUGCAGUACAUCUCGGCGCAGACGAGCCAGUCGGAGACGUUUGAGGACGAGACCGGUGGCCACGGGACCCACGUCGUGGGCUCGAUUCUGGGCAACCCUCGGAGCGGCGCGACCAACGCUGGGGCGAUCACCAAGUACUCUGGCAUGGCGUACAACGCCAAGGUUGCCUUCUACGACUUUGGCAUCUCCGGUGGCCGGCUGUUGAGUGUCUCCGCCAAGGACGACAUCUUCCCGCCGGCUUACGACUCGGCCAACGCCCGCAUCCACUCCAACUCGUGGGGCGCGGUCAACGACCCGGGCGCAUACACGCUCUCGUCGCAGGGCGUCGACGAGUACACCUGGGCGCGCAAGGACUUCCUCCCGCUCUUUGCCGCCGCCAACGAUGGCUCGGAAGGCCUCACCUCGGUCCGGGCCCCGUCGACGUCCAAGAACUGCAUCUCAGUCGGCGCGUCUAUGAACGCGUGGGAGGCCGAAGCCGACAAGAUUGUCCGCACUGAGUUUGACAUCAGUAUUCCUGCAGGCUCGACGACGGCAUACAUUGCCGCCUUUGGCGCCCGCUCGUUCAACUCGCCGCUCACGGGCACCUACUACUCGGCGCAGACCUCGUGCUCGUCGGCCUCUUCGUCGGCCUCUGGCAAGAUUGCCCUCGUCUCCGUCACUUCGGCCUGCGACGUGACCGUCCAGGCCAAGAACCUGCAGGACAAGGGUGCCAUUGCCGUUGUCUUCUUCUACCCCUACACCCGGCUUCCGGGUGAGUCGUCGACAGUCACCAUCCCGGUGGUCUCGGUCGCCGAGUCGCUCGAGUCGGACUUCCGCGGUGCUGAUGGGGCGUCGGGUACCAUUUCCAAGCAGUCGUCGCCCAACUACUCGAGCGACUUGUCCAAGGGCAAGAACAACAUGGCGUGCUUCUCGUCGCGUGGACCUACGCUCGACGGCCGGUACAAGCCAGACAUGACUGCGCCGGGUGACCCGUCGCUCUCGGCGUACUCGAACGGAGCGUCGAACACCGAGAUCUGCGGUGAUGAGGCAAUCUUCCCCAUGUCGGGCACGUCGAUGGCGACGCCGACGCUUGCCGGCGUUGCUGCCCUCGUUCGCCAGUACUACGUCGACGGCUACCACCCGACCGGGUCGGUCGUGUCCGCCAACCGCAUGGCGUCGCCGACGGCGGCUCUGAUCAAGGCCACGCUCCUCACGGGUGCCAUCGGACACACCGGCCGGGUCGACACCAACUCGGACUGCUCGUCGUCAGGCACGAAGCGCAACUUUGCGGACAUGUCGCGCGAGGAGAAGCGCUACUACGAGGGCUACGGCCACGUGCAGCUUGACCAGGUCUUGGUUCAGUCGUCGGGCUCCCGCAAGACGGUCGUCUUUGACGAGAAGACCGGGCUCACCACCGGCAACGCCAAGCGCUUUUGCUUCACCGCCGGCUCGACGCUCGACUUCCGGGCCACGCUCGUGUGGACCGAUGCGCCGGGCUCGGCUGCGUCGACCAGCGCGCUUGUGCAGGACCUCGACCUCUCGGUCGUGUACGGCACAAACACCGUGGUCAUGGGUAACGAGAAGAUCGAUACCAAGUCGAACAAGCCCAUUGUCGACGGCACGAACAACGUCGAGCAGGUGACCGUUGCUGGCUCCUCGGUCACGGGCUCGAUCGGUGUCACUGUCGCCGCGUACAACACGCCGCAGGGUGCCCAGCCGUACGCGCUCGUUGUCACCGGUGACAACGUUGCCGCCGCCGCCGACACGGCCUGCUCCUCGCUCUGCCCCGCGGGCUGUUCCUCGCAGGGCACGUGCCAGAACGGCCGCUGCAAGUGCAACGCCGGCUUUGCCGGCGCUGACUGCUCCAUCUCGGUCACGCCCAUUACCGUCGGUGCUGCCAGCUCGGUCUCGGCCUCGCUCAACACCGACGGCUGGAUGUUCUACUCGUUCUCCCCCGACACCUCCACGGGUCUCGACGUCAAGUUCACCGUCUCGGUCUCCCAAGGCGUCCCAGUCUUUAUGGCCGAGUCCGGCGAGUACCCGACCUUUGGCUCGGCGUCGGACGUGCUCAACUGGUGCUCGUCGUGCUCACAGUCGACCGUCGAUGGCUCGCGCUCUCGCUCGGUCACCUUCUGGGUCCGCAAGGAGAACCUGGUCACCGGCACGCAGCACUACGUCGGCGUCUACGCCUACCCUUACGCCAAGUACUCGUACUCAUCGUCCUCGGUCUCGCUCUCCUUCACCACCGAGUACGCCGAGUACACCGGCGCUGCGGCCUCGUCGGCCCCCGCCCUCUGGGCCGUCGCCCUCGGCGCCCUCGUCGCCCUUGCCAUGGCGAUCAUGGCGUAACUCUACAGUCAACUGUUGUACUUCAAACAAACAAUUUUCCUGCACCA